UAAAAGUGAUGUAUAGUUAUUUAUAUAGUUAUUGCUAUAUAAUUCUAGUACGAAAUGAAUUUUAUAGAAGCCUAAUACUUUUAUAGUAUAUAUGCCGUUUGAUUUGUAUUCUAAAAGCUCGUUACGAUGUACAUUCAUUAUUCUACGACGAGUUGAAUGCAAUUAAAAACUCAUGACUUUGCGGAUUUCUAUGUAAAAUAAUUCAUUAUAUUUCAGCAAUUAAAAAGUUGCUUUGAAAAUAUUGCCAAUGCGCAGCUGAUUUUAGAACGAGGGAACAGUUGCUGAUGAUAUAGACCAGCGUUUCUCAAUCUUUUUGUUGUUGUACGACUCAACAUAUUUAUUUGCAAUACUAUCGCAAUCGAAAUAUUUACAAUAUAAAAUUUUUAAAAACCUGAUGGUUUAGGGCCACUGUAUAUUAUUUUAAAGACACAGCUUAAAAUAAGUCAGUUACUCCGUUAUCAUCGCAAACCCGCAAGAAACAUCAUACGAAAACUCUUUGGAAAUCUUUUAUAAAAUUAAUUACUUUAUUCGCUUUGAUGUGAGAUAGGAACAGUAAUUUCGUGGCCAAUAGAUUGAGAACCUCUGAUAUAGACCAUGCAUAUUCAAACUUGUCGACGUGCACUGGUGAUUUUCCAGUUGCUUCCAGCUAGUCGUAGAGUAGUGAGAGUAGCGAGUAACAGUAUUUUUAGAAUCAAAUUAAACAACAUGCCACUAGAUAUCGAAAUGUUCAUUAGCGAGAUUGAGAAACGAUCAGCAAUAUAUAAUACAAAAUUAAAAGAAUAUUCUGAUAAGAAUUUAAAAAAAAAAUUAUGGAUAGAAUUGUGUGAGAAAUUUGUUGAAAAUUGGGAUGAUCUAAGUACUUCAGAUAAGGAGGAGAAGAGAGGAUGCUGCGGAUCAAUGAAAAAGAAGACAAUAGUCGGCGGUUACGUUUUCACUUGGUGGUUCGUCACAGAUGUCCAGCGAUUGUCGCUCGAAGUAAUGACAUUAAAUCCAGUUUGCGAGAACGUCGAGACUGCCCAAGGUGUACCACUGACCGUCACCGGAGUGGCCCAGUGCAAGAUCAUGAAGGCCGACGAACUUUUACAUACUGCCAGCGAACAAUUUCUCGGAAAGAGUGUCCACGAAAUAAAAUCAACUAUAUUAUCCACUCUCGAGGGCCAUUUACGUGCAAUUUUAGGUACGCUCUCGGUCGAGGAGGUUUACAAAGAUCGCGAUCAAUUUGCUGCACUCGUACGAGAAGUCGCAGCACCUGAUGUCGGCCGUAUGGGUAUAGAGAUCCUCUCAUUCACGAUAAAGGACGUUUACGAUGACGUUCAAUACUUGGCGUCACUCGGAAAAGCUCAAACUGCAGCAGUUAAACGUGAUGCUGACGUUGGCGUCGCUGAAGCUAAUCGUGACGCUGGAAUACGCGAAGCCGAGUGCGAGAAAGCGGCUAUGGACAUUAAGUACAACACCGACACGAAGAUUGAAGAUAACGCGAGGCUCUUCCAAUUGCAAAAGGCUCAUUUCGAUCAGGAGGUCAAUACUGCUAAAGCCGAAGCCCAGCUCGCUUACGAAUUACAAGCCGCAAAAAUAAGGCAACGAAUACGAAACGAAGAAAUACAGAUAGAAAUCGUCGAGAGGCGUAAACAGAUCGAAGUAGAGGAACAGGAGGUACGUCGAAAGGAACACGAACUUCAAAGUACUGUGCGAUUACCAGCUGAAGCAGAACAUUAUAAAAUUGGAAAAGUGGCUGAAGGAAAAAGAACGCAAACGGUGAGCGCAGCUAAAGCCGAAGCCGAGAGGAUUCGAUUGAUCGGAGAAGCCGAAGCUCAAGCUUUGGAAGCCGUUGGAAUAUCGGAAGCUGAGCGUAUGCGAAUGAAAGCUGUAAUCUACAAGAAAUAUGGCGAGGCGGCGAUACUCAAUAUUGCUUUGAACGCCCUGCCGAAGAUCGCUGCCGAAGUUGCAGCACCGUUAGCAAGAACGGAAGAGAUAGUUCUGUUAGGUGGAAAUGAUACGACGAGCGGUGAAAUCACACGUUUGGUAGGUCAAGUACCUCCAGCAGUUCAAGCCUUGACAGGUGUCGAUCUUUCAAAGGUUUUAGGAAAAAUACCAGGUGCGAAGUAAGACAUCGCGUCUGAGGAAAGAUCACACCGACCAGGCGAAUAAUUCGCCAGAAUUUCUUUAUUUUGGAACAAAAUCUAUACUGCCAAAGACUUCUCUGCUAAACUCCAUUAUUUACCGACGGUAUUUCACUUUUUCCUGUUUCCCGAAUCACUCUACCUCACGUUCAAAUGGAACGAAGUCGAAUAGAAAAAGAGAGAGAUAGAGAAAGAGAUAGAAAAAGAGAUAGAGAGAGAGAGAGAGAAAGAGAGAAAGAGAGAGAGAAUAAUACAUUUCAAUUUAUGUUCUAUAAAGAUGCGUUGAUUAAAAAUCGAUCGUAUUAUCGACAAAUUAUCUUUAAUUUUUACGGACAGUGAACAUGCAACGCACAGUUAAUACUUUUGUUUUCCUUUUGUUUUCCUCAUUCUUAUUUUAUUGUUGUUGUUGUUGUUGUUUUUCUGUUUUCUUUUCUUCUUUUUUUUGUCUUUUUUUUUUAUAAAUCUUCUGAUGGAAAAAAUAUUAUAUUUCUCUUAUUGUAUAGAAUCCGACUUAUUCAAUCGCACUCGCAUAUCUCGCGUUUCUUCCUUCCACAAACACAAAUCUACUUGUUGUUUUUCUUUUCUCUUGUAUCUUUUUUCAUUUUUUAAUUCCAUAACAGACGCGCACGUAUGUAUGUAUCAAUUUAGGUAAGAAAACUCUUGAAAGGAGAUCGAUCGAAAUUUGUAAACGUUGUUAAAUCUAAAUGAUUCAACGACGUGUAAUACACAAUAAAACGUCCCGAGACGCGGCGAAUACGAAAAAUUUAUUCUCAUUCGCCGUUCGGAUAUUUUAGUAAUUAUAAAAUUGACUAGCCACUGAUAUUACGAAGUAGCGAUCGAAGGUAACGUCAUUAAUAAGUUUACGAGUCUAUUGUGAUUGAAAUUUUCGAUCAUUGUGUUCAACCUAUGGUAUAUGAAUAAAAUUAAAUCAAAGAAAAGAGAAAGGAGAAAGAGAAAGCGUAGAAACGCGUAUGGGAUAAGAUUAUGUCGGAUACUUUUCUUAGACAUUUGUAUAUACUUAUUUAAGCGAUCGUAUGUAUGUAUGUACAUGCGUACAGAGUGAUCCAUUUAAAGCUAAGAUUUAUCGUAAAAUAAACAUUUUGGAAACUUCGACGAACGAUAAAAAAAAAAGAACGAAUUAAGUAAGGAAGGAAAGAGAAAGAAAAAGUCAAAGAUAAAUGGAGAGAAAGAAAGAAGUAUGUAUAUAACUUUGAUUUCUCUAUCAUUAGAUUUCAAUCGUCGAACUGAUUCCAUUAUCUCGUAAUGUACAUGGCUUUAAAUGAAACACUUUGUACGAUAGUGUUAACCCAGGUCUCCGUUUACGAAAUAGGAGAUACUUUGUUCUAAUUCGUCGCGUUAAAAAAUCUACACUGCAUGCUCUUGUACUACGUAUCGGAACUAAUACGGCUUUUCAAAUGGAUAAUAACAUAUUCCGAGCAGAAGAGUGCCAAUCUGUACAUACCGAUAUGAUCUUAAUGGUGAGAAAAUUAGAAAGGAUAAUGAGAGACACACUGAUCGAAACUAGGAUCUGAUAUUUUUCACACAGAGAGAAUGGAUCAUUAGAUCUUUCUCGAAUACAUCGUAUGUAUUUUACAUGUACAUACAUUUUUGAAAGGGAAGUUGGGAGUCGUAAGAUUGUCAGCCAUGAAUAAGUCUUCCCAAAAUAGAAGAAACCAAAUAGAAAAUGCAACAAAACAAAAAAAUAGCGCGUUUACGGCAGUACAAAAGAAAAAAAUAAAUAAAAAGAAAUAAUAAAGUAAAAUAAAACCAUAGUGUCACUUCUAGUGGCACUGGAAUUAAUUAAGCGAUAAAAUCGUAUUAGCGACCAAAGAAGACGAAAGGACGUAAAUUCGUUGAAAAUAAUCAAAUUAUACAUUCUCUUCGAACAUCGUAUAGCCUGUAUAAAAAAAAAGCAAAAAAUAACAAAAAAAAAACACAAAAAAAGGAAAAAAAAAAACAAAAAAAAAAGAUAUUUUUUAGCGAAUAAUUAGCGCGACCGUUCCGAUGCAUAGUAAAAUACGAGCCAAAAAUUCGCUUCACCCAAUAUAUAUAUAUAUAUAUAAUAUUAUAUAUUACAUAUAAUAUUAUUAUAUUAAUAUGUAAUAUUAAUAUAUAUAAUAAUAUAUUAAUAUAUAGUAUUAAUGUAUAUAAUAUAUAGAUAAUAUAUAUAAUAUUAUAUAUAUUAUACACACACACACACACACACAAAUAUAUAUAUAUACACAUAUACACUUAGCUUGAAAAAUUCUUCGAGUUGAGAAUAAUAAGUUCUCGCGUGUAAGACAUACAUACACAUACACAGACAUAUACACACUCACGAGGUGUCUUUAAAAAGAUAAUUUUAAAUAAAGGAUUAAAAUUGGAUCUUAAAAAGUGUUCGAUUGUAUCAUCGAACGUCCGAUCGACGGUGAGAAUCUUUAUUCGAUCAAUUCCGUCAAAGAGGAUACUCAAGUUUGAAUAGCUUAAAGUGAUUCGACGAUAGCUUAUUUAUGUUAAAAAUAAUAUCAUCAAAGUUUCAAUCGUCGCUUUCAAGAUCGCUCUAACUAACAAUAAGUGGAUUCCAUUGUGACAAUUUUGAAUAAUCUUUAUUUUUCAUUCUAUAUUAUUUUUAAAUUGAUCACGUGAUAGUAUUCAUAUUAAUCUUUUACAUUUUUUCAAUUCAUUUGUUUUUUAAUCUUUUCAUUAGCUUUUUAACCCUUUCGAUACAGUGAAAUUAAAUCAUAAACUUGUUCUUUUCGAUAAACAAUAUUAAAAAUCUAUGAGGACAAAAUACAAAAUUCAAAAACAAGAAAAACAAGUGAUUAUAUGCAGUCGAAAAAAGUGCUUAUAUAUCUAAAAUAACUAAUACAUUUUUAAAUGAGAAUCUAUCUAUAUAGGAGGGCUAUCUAUUGAAUGUAUGUAUAUGAAAAAUGUAAUAUAUAUAUAUAUAUAUAUAUGUCCAUAGUAACGAAAGGGUUAAUGGAUAUAACGCCAACUUAAAUGGUUGAAUCAUUUUUACUUCGCAAUUGAAAAAGGUAAUACAUUCGAUUUAAUCUUUGAAAAUAACGAUUGUACACAAAAUGGUAUUUAUAUAUUAUAUUAUACAUAAUUAAACACGGACUCGUUCGAGCCUAGCUAAGCCAAUUAUUUACGUUUAACACUAUAAAAUCUGCAUUAACAAUGCAGUAUUUUAGCAAUUAGUUUUAAGAUAUUAAUUUCGUCGUUUUAUAUCGAUGUACUACUCUCGUUGUUAGUAAAACGGUCUUAUUACUACUAAUCCGUCUAAUCCGAUAAUAUAUAGUCAUUAUUAUUAUUAUUUUUAUUAUUUUUUUUUCUUUGUAUCAUUGUAACUAACAGAAAGCAUUAAGAAUCGCAUGUAUUUGAUAAACAAACCGUUUUUAUUAUACUCCAAAUGUAAAUUCCAAGCAAGAUUGUAUAUUUUAAAUUUAUUAGAGAAAAUUGUUUUAAUAUUAAUAUCAUUAUUAUUACUAUUAUUACUAUUAUUAUUAUUAUUACUAUUACUAUUAUUACUAUUAUUAUUAUUAUUAUUAUUAUUAUUAUUAUUAUUAUUAUUAUUAUUAGUAUUAUUAUUAUUAUUAUUAUUAUUAUUAUUAUUAUUAUUAGUAUUAUUAUUAUUAUUAUUAUUACUAUUAUUAUACAUUCCGCUUGAUUUAUUUUCAUGCACUUUUAUUCUUGGAUGAUGAUAAUGAUGAUGAUGAUGAUGAUGAUGAUGAUGAUGAUGAUGAUGAUGAUGAUGAUGAUGAUGAUGAUGAUGAUGAUGAUGAUGAUGAUGAUGAUGAUGAUGAUGAUGAUGAUGAUGAUGAUGAUGAUGAUGAUGAUGAUGAUGAUGAUGAUGAUUAUGAUUAUGAUAAUGAUAAUGAUGAUGAUAACGAUAACGACGACGACGAUGAUUUAAUGACACAAUAAUUAUAAUUUUCUGUAUAAAACAAGAUAAGACAUAUAGGAUGAGCGUGCGAUUUAUCAUCUGACUGUUUCUUUUCUUUAUCUCCUGUAAGAUCCGCUAUAUAGGAUCUUGCUGUAUAUCGAAGAGGGAUUUUUUACAUUCUCUUUGCAAUGACCCAUCAAAAAAAUUAACAGGCAAACAAUUGAUAUUAUUUGGACGCACAAUUUUUUUUCUAGUUCUUUGAUUCAUGUUCCAUCCUCGUUUGAAUAGACGAUAACAAAACAGAUGGUAUAAUCUCAUGCUCGAUGUAUACAUACCUUCGCCGUCUUCGAUAUACAUACGUAUAUACGUAACGUACACGUUAGAUUUCGAAAGACUAAGGAUCUUCGUUAUGUCAGCGAAUUUACAUCCAUUUUAUGAUUUUUUUCGAGAGUUUUCUAUUUUCUAAUACAAGAGGAUUCGAUAAUCGUUGGUCUAAAAAAUUGUUCUAAAACAGUAUCUUCUAUAUAUUCUUCUAAAUAUCGAUUGUAUUAUAUCGUACAUGGUCUCAUUACAGAAAUUCGAACCUUUGAAUCUCAAACCUAUGUAAUGGUUGCCUUAAAAUAUUUUACAUUUGAUAAAAUCCUUUUAUGAUACAUAGUGAAUUUGUCAUAUAUAUAGCUUAAUAUGUAUGCAUGUACAGGAUGAUUAUAAAUUGAGCCAGUUAAUUAUCUUAUUUGUUAUAAACAAUAGAAAGUAAAUUUAUCAAGAAAAGUUUCACGAUUUCAUGUGUGAAAUAUUUUAAAAGUACGAAAUAGCAGAUUCAAUUUUCGCUUAAACCGAAAGUUUUAUGAUUUUUACCGUUUUUUAGGGAACAUUCUCAUUUUUCUAAUUAAUUAGAUAUUUUAUUCGAUUAUCUUUAAAAAAUUAUUAAACAAAUAAAAGCAUAAAGUUAUGAAUUAACGAGAUAUUAGCGUGUAUAAUUAUAUGAACAAUAGUAUAUACUUUUAGAUGUAAAGAAUCUUAAGAGGUCAUGAAAAAAUGAAAAAUACACAAAACAAUCUUAUAAUAAGUUUAAUUAUUACCUAAUUAAAGCUAUUAAUUGAAAACACAAAGUUUAAAAUUAAUUUAUAAUAAUGAACAAAAUGAUAGCUUACUUAAUUCAAUAAAUGUCCAAAGUGUGCACCAUUACCUUAUAUGCACAAUUAACAUCUUUUAAUCUUAUUUCUUUGUUCAUAUGUUUUCUAACAUUUCAGCUGUUAUUUGAUUAACAGCAUUCAUAACUUUUAUUUGUAAUUCUCUUUAAUUUGUAACUGUUUUGACAUUAUAUCUCAUCUUUUAUAAAUUGUCACAUAAGAAGAUUUAAUAGUAUUAGAUCAGGUGAUCUUAUGGUCAUCUAUCAAAUUGUGACAUAUACGAUCAAUUUCAUUAUAUUUAAUGUUACUGUUUCUGUCUACAUAACAUACUUCAGACGUUAAUAUCUCGUUCAAUAUUAACUUCAAGUCUAUAUCUUUUUAAUAAUUUGUUAAACAUAAUUAAUUAAAAUAUCUGAUUAAUUAAAAAUAUAAUAUAUUCCAUAAAAAGAAACUAAGAACCCAUUGAACUUUAGGUUUAACCGAAAAUAAGAUUUUUUUUUUUUAUUUCGUAUUCCUAAAAUAUUUAAUAUAUAAAAUCAUGAAACUUUUGUUAACAUAUAUAUUCUUUCUUCUAUUGCUCUUAACAAAGGAGAUAUUCAACUGACCCUUCAUUUCUAAUUAAUUAAUCUGUACAUGUAGGUAUAUAUAAUUUUAAAAAGAUGUUAAGAGAGACAAAGAGAGAGAGAAGAAAAAACUAUACUAAAUUUUUAUGCAUUGUAUCGAAGGUCCUUAGUCGUAAGAUAUAUAUUGUAAUUAAAGUCCACCAUUGUAAUUACUUAGAAUAUGCACUUUGAUAUACAUACGUGUUGGAAUUGUCCAUUAUUGCAUAAACAAGCGCAUACAUCGAUGUUUAUGUCGUGUGCAAACAAAUCGAAUCUCAAGCAAACAUCAAUUUCUACGUGAAUGCUUAUAUUAUUAUUAUUUUUUUUUUUAUUAUUAUUUUUAUUAUUAUUUUUAUUAUUAUUAUUAUUAACUAUUAUUACUAUCAUCAUCAUUCUUAUUCUUGUUCUUAUUAUUAUUCGUAUAUUUCUACUUUUUAUUAUUAUUAUUAUUAUUAUUAUUACUAUUAUUAUUUGUAUUAUUAUUAGAUGCAUCCAAUCGUCGUACGAACGCACGCACGUUCACUUGCCAUUUUUUCUUGUAUGAAAAAAGAAAAAGAAGAAAAUCUGAAAAAGAAACCAAAAAAAAAAGAAAAGAAAAAAAAAGAAAAAAAAAAGAAUUCCGGUGUGAAUCGUUUGCAGAAUUUUUCAUAAGCAAAGCGCAAGAAUAAGCGCGCGAUUUCUCGCAACUAGACAUUACCUGUGAAUACGACCAAAAAUAAAUUAAAAAAGAAAAAGAAAAAGAAAAAAAGGGAAAGAAAAAGAAGAAAGAGAGAGAAGCUUAGACGAAAGGGGAGGAUACUGAGAUCUAGUUAGAAAUUCAAAAUUUACCAAAGUGUUUAGGAUGAAUUAAACUAGUCUUUUGUAAACUACAAACACAAAAUAAUAUAUAAUAUAUUAAUAUAUAUUAUAUAUAUACAUACAUAUAUAUAUAUAUAUAUUUUCAGAAUUAUGUGCUAGAAAUGUCUGAACGCGUAGAUAGAAGACAAUAUAAUAACUGUGUCACGUUCUACUCUAAUUGAAAGUAAUGAAAUACGCAAUGUGAAUUAGCGCAUAUUUUUAAUAAAUGGAUCGUAAAAUAAACAAG